AUGGACAUAUGUAUUGUUAAUAAGAAGGCAGUGGAUACUGAAGGUAUUAUACCCACCGCAUUAUAUACAGUCAAUAGAGGUUUUAUGUACGAAUUAAAAAAAGAUGGCAAAUUUUGCUAUUAUUAUGUCUCAACAAAAUACGCAAAUUCAUCGCGGUGUUUUGACGAGCAAUACAUCUGGACGGGUAUUGACGAUUUUAAGACGACUGGUGUCAAUCUUCUUCCUGAUGAACACACAUUACAACAGAUGAAAGACCAACAAAAGAUCAUUCUUUUUGAGCCAGGGCAGUUGAUGAGUGAAAUAGUUGAAUCUGCAAUUAACUGGGAUUUAUUUAAUGAAUAUACCCCAGACAAUACCGUUAUUAAAUUCAGUCAAAUUGGAAGAGAAUAUAAAUUGAUCAUCUCGGAAGCCAAACAACUCGUAGCGAUGAUUGGGAUGGUGGUUGACUAUGGAAAAGGCAAAACAGGAAGUACACUCUUCUGUUAUAUCAAUGAUGCUAUUCACACAGUGUACGUCAAAUAUGACUUGGCUGAUACGUCUUUCCUCUCGUUGAUAUCAGAGACAAACAUGUAUAGAGUAUCUACCAUGGACAAUUCGAUGAUAAUUGGCAAUCCACAAGCGCGCAAUGAUUUGACAAAGAACAUCAAUCAAAACUUAUAUAUGAUGCACUUAGUUGACAAACCUGAAGUCCCACAAUUUCCUGUGACAGUCACGGCUCCUUAUUUUGUCCCCCCACAAAAGCAGAAUCUUUUUGGUGUAGGUGAGGCGGUGGAAUUGUCAGAGAAGUACAUGUUAUAUUCGGACCCCAAAUCCGAUCGAGGCGUAGUGUAUGCAUCUCGUUGGUUUGGUGGCGAUAAACUGGAUUUCCGAGCGACACUCAAUCCAUUCCCAAGGUGGGGAAAUUACCAGAACUUUGGCAAGUUCAUGUCUGCUGUGAAGUCGAGUGCAACAACAACUGAAUUAUAUGUAGCAGCUCCAACAGCGUGGGUCCACGAUGAUAUCCGAAAGGCUUCGACUGAAGGGAGAGGAACAACUGAAUACAUUGGGAUUAUCUAUCACUUCCAAAUUGAAGAUGAUGUUGGAUGUGAAGCAAAGACAUAUUAUUUCGUUCAGUCGGACAAAGAAAAGGGGGGUAUAUUCAACUCAACAAUUCAUACAAUGUUAAAGGUAAACAGUGAUAUCAUCGUCACCCUUGAGAAUUACGACGGAGUUUAUAAAGUGCAAUGCGACGAUGUUUUCAAACUGCAUUUGUAA